AUAAAAAAAAGAAGAAGAAGAAGUGAGUGGACGGGAACACGAUAUAUAGACAGGCACCAUAUAUGAGACGUAAUAAUUAACGUUAGAUAGUGCGGCUUUAAAACGGGUUAUCGCAAUACCUGUCAAUUCUGUCAGACUGUCAGCUACAAACGAGGAGCUGAGCGAAAUACUUUUAUGAUCAGCCGUAAACACGUCAAUGUCACUCUAAACACGUGAACUGUGCUGCCCUUCACGAGCAACAGACCGCUGGAUUGAGUUCAUUGAUUCGCAGAGCUGUCGAUUCAGUCUCUGUUUUCAGAUGAAACGUCUGUAAGAGCUUUGCAGGGCAGGUGUUGUCACAGCUUGCAAGUCACACAGCCUUAACUCAGGAUGCACCCUGAUUUGUCGCCCCAUCUCCAUACUGACGAGUGCAAUGAACUCAUAACACUUCUCAAACAGUGCCACAAGGAGCAUAAUGUCCUCAAGUUCUUUGGCGCGUGUAAUGAUGUGGACCGUGCAAUGCGGAAGUGUCUUAAGAAAGAGUAUCAGGCGAAGAGGGAGCGCAGCAAGGCUCACGCUGAAGAAAUGAGACGGCGUUUAAAAGAACAACCGACACCAAACCACCCAUAGAAUCAAACCUCGUCCACCCCUCGGAGAACAAAGCUAC